AUGCCUCCACCAAGCAAGCGGCGACGAACAGAACCUAGAGUGAUCGAGGAAAUCACAUUCGACCCAGCGGCCCGUCAUGAAUAUCUCACGGGCUUUCACAAGCGCAAACUACAACGAGCAAAGCAUGCGCAAGAGGUUGCUGAGAGGAAGGCGAGGACUGAAAGAAUUGAAGAGCGAAAGAAGUUGAGAGAAGAACGAAAGGCCGAGCUCGAACGACACGUGGAAGAGGUCAAUGCAAUGCUGAGACCGUUCUCGGGCGUGAACGAUUCCGAAGAAGAAGGGGAGAAUAGGACAGAGUCAGAGGAAGAGUGGAGCGGCAUCAGAGAGCGAGAAUCAGAGCCAAGCCCAGUCGAUCACGAAGCAGAAUAUAUCGACGAAGACAAAUACACAACCGUAACGGUCGAGACAAUGGACAUAACUAGGGAGGGAAUAUUCAAGGCAGAUCAACACAAGGAUGGUCAGAAUCAGCAUCAGACUGAAGAGACCGAGAGUCAUCCGGAAGAUCCUCCAUCUGAGAAGAAAAAACACAAGUGGACUAAGGAGAAACCAAAGAGUGGCACUGAAAGGCGCAGAAAGAAGCGGAGAAAUUUCAGGUACGAGAGCAGGGCAGAGAGGAAAAUCACACGUACAAAAGAGAGAUCCAAAAAUCGGAAACAAGCUCGAGAACGUCGGGCAGCAGGAUAA